CUUUACCUGCCCUCCCCCUUCCCCGGAGCUCCUUCUCCUCUACUUCGCACUGCGACGAGUCAAGGGAAUGCAACCAUGCACCGGACUCUCCUCUCCAGGCUCAACUCCCCACCAGUAUUGUCUUUUUUGCCUUAUUUUCCGAAAACAAGAGCCCUAGGAAUUGCUACGAUACCGCUCUUUCUCUUUCGCACUUCAGACCUUCGCCUUAACCGGAUAGCUUGUCGAUAUAGCUUGGUGGAUCGAUCGUUGAUCACAGGUCACCAUGGACGCGAAUGCAGGAAUGGAUACUCGACCUUUGUCGCUGCUCGGCGCAUCAAAGCUAAUGCAGCCGUCAUAGAGUCCAACCCUGUCGCCGCACGAACCCAAUCCCGCACACUAAAGAGCCUAUCCACGGAACAUACCCUUCGUAAUACCGCGUCCUCGACAUCGUCAUCAACGUCAACGACGCCGGUAUUACCUGCUCCUUCUCAUCCAACUUCAUCUAUAGCUCGAUCAACAUCAUCAUCUUCGUUAGUAUCAAAACCCUCCACGAAGGCCCUUCACAACUGGGACGAACAAUUGGACGCGCUCAUUCUCUCCCUACACCUCCACCACGGCGUCCACUGGCGAACCAUUGGUGAACUCAUCGGCCGACCCUAUACCACCUGCUACAGUCGCUACCUCCGCAUCCUCAACCCCGCGCUCAGUCGAGGAUGGAAACCUCCACCGAUCGAAGACCAAAUCCGACUGCAGUACCUCGUCGAUCAAGCCAGAUUGAUCACCCAGUCCAAACAGGAGGCCUCCAUCGCCGCAAAAGCUGCGGCUGCGACUACAAAGGGACAGGUCAAGGAAGCUCUCGCUACAGAAUCAACGGUAAUGACAAGGAAGCGGGCGGUAUGGGACCUAGAGACGGAUCGAAAGAUUAAGGAGAUGGUUCUUGCAGGAACACCAUGGCCCGAAAUCGGACUCGCACUCAACCGCCCGUAUGCGUCUUGCUAUUCGCGGUACUAUAGUGCUCUGGAACCAACAUUGCAUGAGCCAUGGUCGCCCGAAACUGUCGCACGCGUGAACGAGUUGGUCGGGCAGGGUGUGUCAUGGAAGACGAUCGCGAAGGAGCUCGAUAUGCUGCCAACUGCAUGUAAAGCAAAGUGGAGAUCCAUGCGGAGGUUCGACUCGGCCAUCGCAUCAUGGGAAAUGGAACCUGGAACAGACGACGAAACGGCAUCGUCAGGGACCGCGACCAAGAGUAAAGUCAAGUGGAUCGCAUUCUCAAAGGAGGAAUCGUUGGCGAUCCUAGAGCUCGUCGAAAAGCACGGCCAGGAGAACUGGGAUCAGAUACUCAAGGAUUUUCAUGAACGCUUUCUUGAUACGACAGCAUCCUCAUCCAACCCAUCGUCCGUCAAGCGAAAUGAGCUACUGACCCAGCGCAUCCUCAAUAUCACUGUCGCACAUCUUCGUCACCAGUACAGCUGCGUGGCGAACAGCAAACUGCAUUGGACGUUCGAUCAAGAAACCAUGCUGAUCCAGCAGGUUCUCCGGCACGGCAUUGAGGGCCACUGGGAGGAAACCGCCCGACUUGUUGGACUCCGCACUCCUGCAGAGUGUCGGUCGCAUUGGAAACAACUCGAUAUGCCCAUCCACGUCCACCCUACCAAAUGGACCAAAACCGAGCAGAGCGCCUUCUGGAUUCUCUGGAAACACUUUGGAUCGGAUUUCGAACGGCUCUCGAGAUUAGGUGGCGGCCAUCGUUCCCCUGAAGAUUGUCAGCAGUACUUUCAGGAGACGACCCAGGGCUUUCCAGACCCGGAAAUCGACCCAGAAGCAUUUGACAGACAGAUCGAGGAGCUGCAGGCGACUUUCCCACCAUCAGACCUAAAGUAUUAUUUCACCAAGGAACGAUCCCUCCGACUUCAGCGCGCGUUGAAGUACUAUACGAAACAGACGGGUCAGUCCGUACCAGUGGCCGCAGGUUGGGAAUGGAUCGCGAGUAAGGUUCAGAGCGGGUUAGCUGCGUUGGUUUGCAAGGAUCAUUGGAAUUAUCUACGCAAGAACAUGGAUGUGGUCAGUGGCCCAGUCGAGCAAAAAAAAACAGCUGUCGAACCCGUCCCCAUAAAUUCUUGGAGCCACGAGGAAUUGAAAUUGCUGGACCAGGGGAUCCGGACUCAAGGAUUGGUUUGGAGCGACAUCCAGAAACGGUUCCUGCCAUGGCGGACGGCCCGCGCGAUCCGACAGCGAUGGUUACUGACAUCUGAUAGACCGAUCAAGGUCACGGAGCAAGAGUAUUACACCAUUCUUGCGGCGGGCGAAAAAUCGACAGAGAUCGACUAUGAUGCCUUAGCACAGUCGAUGCCCGGAUGGAACCGGUCGCCCUGUCGACGAAUCUUUGAGACCUCGUACAAGCACCUCAUAUCGACGACAAUCUGGCUACCAGAGGAGGACCAGCUGCUGAUCGAAAAGACACUGGAGCGAAGAGGACGAGAUUGGGAUGCGAUCGCGAAGCACUUUGACGGCGUACAGACAGCAAGGGCGCCGCUUUAUGCGGAGGCCAUGUCUCGGAUCACGCCCGAUGGAUCGGUCGAUAGCACCCCAUUAAGGACACACAAGACUGGAUGGCAGUGCAGGUUACGCUGGAGCCAGCUUGUCGAGCCCCUGAUGCCCAAGGAGCCCAUCUGGGCUGUCAGCAACCGAAGUCUUGCCUUGCGACUAUCCAAGAAGUUGCUGACUAACAAAUCGGAUAUGCCGUCUUAAGACUUCACAAACACACAAACACCACCACCACCAUCAUCAUCAUCAUCAUCAUCAUCACCGCCACCAUUGCACCAUUGUAUCAUAGCCAUGGCAUAGAAUAAAAACCAUUCGCCUCCUUUUGCAUUCUAU